AUGCUUACCGCCCUGCUGCAGCUGAUGCUGGGUUGGGGGCAAACAAAGACGGAAUGCUGCAGCAGUCGCGCCGCCCCCUAUCUUCGAAGUCAAGAGAGAGACAACCCAUCUCGUUCUGCAAUCAUGAACCUCAACCCCCCAAUUAUGUUGAAACUGCGUUUUCGUAUCCCUCGUUUCCCUUUUUCUCUCAUGAGAACAGUGACUUCACAAGGGCUUCCUCCAAGACAGUUCCCUACUUCGGGCUAUGUAACCUUAGAUCCCCUAGAUAAGAUUGAGGAAGAGACCUUACCAUUAUAUAAACCGGAGAAUUACUAUCCCGUUUUCAUUGGCGAAGUUUUCGGUUCCAGAUACCAAGUGGUUUCAAAGCUGGGAUAUGGCACUUCCUCUACUGUUUGGCUUUGCCGGGAUCUUCGGGAGGGGAAUCACUAUACCUUCAAAAUGUGUGCAAAGGGUGAAAGCUCUGAUCGAGAAAUUGCUAUCUCGAAACAUUUGGAGCAAUCCGUUAGUGAAGGCAGAAAAAGGAUGCUCCGCAUGGUCCUUGACUCCUUUGAUGUUGUUGGACCAGAAGGGAGAUUGUUUGUCUGCCUGAUAUACCAGCCUCUUGGAAUGAGUUUCACUGAGUUUCAAGAUUUGCUUCCCGAUCAAAGGUUCUCGAAGGACCUCAUCCAAAGAAGCACCCAGCUUAUAUUAGCAGCAUUGUCUUCUAUGCAUGAGAGCGGUCGGCUGGAUGAUAACUGUAGACAACGUGAGCUGAUGAUUGCAGAUAUUUCACCGAACAAUAUACUUCAAGGAGUGAGAGAUAGCUCUAUAUUAUCCAAGAUGGAGGAAGAUGAAUUAAAAGGGCCGAUUGCCCGAAAGGUUCUGAGCGAUCGGAAUAUUCACUACUCCCGCCCCAUGCCUGUCUGUUCAGGUCUUCCUGUGGUCUCCGAUCUAGGUGAAGCUAGAUUCGGAAAAGAAAAGUACUAUGGUGAUAUUAUGCCGGGGAUUUAUCGCGCGCCAGAAGUCAUCUUAGGAAUGGAAUGGGAUUACAAGGUUGAUAUUUGGUCAAUUGGCAACAUGGUUUGGGAUCUUGCAGAGGGCCAUCAUCUUUUCUUUGCCAAAGAAAACGGAACUCUCAGCGAUGAGCAACAUCUGGCUGAGAUGGUAUCUCUAAUGGGCCCUCCACCGCCAGAAUUCCUAAUGAGGAGCAAUUGGAAAGGCUCUCUAUGUAUACCAGAGCAGACUUUUGGGCUCAGAGAGCUGCAUUUUUCUGGGGAGGACAAGGUUCUUUUUCUAAACUUCUUGCGCAGGAUAUUUCGAUGGCUUCCGGAAGAACGUCCGACAGCAGAAGAGCUUGUGUAUGAUGAUUUUCUAAUGCAGCCGAUCAUGAUAAAGGAGAUCAAUAAGUUGGGGGCUCGAUUUGGGUAG